AUGUUUACCCAUUUCUGUUUCAACAAAAUCAUCAAACCCUCUCGCUCUCUUUUCUUACUAUAUCAUCAUCAUCACCUCCACUUCUUCUUGGUUUGUCCUUGUAGAAUUGUAACACACAUUGUCUCCCAAGAUUUUGAUGCUGCUGGAAAUAUGACCCUUAAGGGCGGCACCAGCCAGGCCUGUGCUGCGUGCAAAUACCGCAGGAGAAAAUGCUCCUCUGAGUGUCCCUUAGCUCCUUAUUUCCUACCUGAUCAACCAAAAAUGUUUCAAAAUGCCCAUAAAUUAUUUGGUGUAAGCAACAUUCUUAAGAUACUCAAAAAUCUUGAUGCCCCUCAAAAGGCAGAAGCAAUGCGUUCUAUUAUCUACCAAUCAAAUAUUCGUGACAGGUUUCCUGUUCAUGGCUGUUGGGGCAUCAUCUGUCAGCUUCAUUACCAGAUUAGGCAGGCUGAAGAAGAGCUACAUGCUGUUCAUUCACAGCUUGAGAUGUAUAGGCAACAUCAACAGCAUCAGAUUUCUUCUUUAACUGAUGAUGUUCCUUCGCAAUUAGAAUUAGGGAUGGCUACUCCUAGUAAUGCCCUUUCACUUUUUGGUCACUCUACCUCUCCUCAACCUUAUGAUGUUGUGAAUGCUUUGCCUAUUUCACAGCAGCACUCCUACUCCAAUAGCAGCAAUGCUGGUUAUAGUUCUGGUUACUUAGAUUCCAAGGAUCAUCUAGGCAAUUCUUCUUUGUGGGUUCAACAUCCAUAUGCUACCACCACUAAUAAUAACAAUAAUAACACCAAUCCUAUGGCAAUUCAGUCUCAAUUGGUUGCCUCACAGCCAUUAUCUAUUCAACAAGAAGUUGUUCAAGAUUAUGACGAAAUCCAUCCAUUUUUUGAUACUAUAGAUGACCGGCAAUCCUACAUAGAUUCCAAAGAGGCCUAUGACUCAAGCUCCGAAGAAUCAUUGAAGGACACAACACAAUCAAUUGAGCAUGUAGCUGAGAAUGAAUUGAAGAGUGCUGCUGCCUGCUUUAGUCUUACAAGUGUCAAUUGAUCAGUGAGCUGGACAACUAAACCACGGUCAUUUCAAUUCUUUUUUCCCCUCAUCUUUAAUCCAACAUCAUAGAAUACAUUCAACAAUUUUGAACUUCUAUUUUCUUCUUUUUUUUUUAACCCUAAACCCUUUUCUAGGACCCUGAAUUUCUAGAAUCAAUUAUUCAAUUUAUAAAGUGUUCGUGUUUUCAAUAACUGUAAUCGUUUUCAAACUUCUUGAUCAAUUUUGUAGAGUUAUACAUAAUGGCAGUAAAACACCAAUUUUGGUUGAAGCAUAGAUAAAUAUGUUAAGAUUCUCAGAGAAUAUUUUUACUCUCAAUGUGUGUGACUGUGAACUGACUUGAACAUGCCUCUAACCAUGAGUACCAAAAUAAUAACAAUUAAACAUGAAUCUUUCAAUAGCAAUUGAAAUAAGUAAAUAAUCAUCCAUGAGUUAAAAUAUAAAUAUAGAAAUAAAAACACCUUGAUAAAAUUAUAAUUAAAAGUCUGAUCUUAUAUUUUUUUUAAUAUACUAAUAUACAAGUAGUAUACUAA